AUGCUGUUCAAUCUGCGUGCGCUGAUUGGUUUCGAGGCGUUUAUAAGAGGAGGUGGAGGCCGUCUUUCGACUAGUACACCUUUAAGCAUGUCCCUCAUGACGAUAUCCUCACUACUCACUGCCACGCUUUGCCUAGGUUUACUCCAAGUUUCGAGUGCCUAUCGACAUUCCACUUCGCAAUUUCGAGAUAGAUUCAUACCCAUAGAGGAGGAAAACCUCUGGCCUUACUGGAUGGAUGAUCCUGAUAUUGAUGGCGAGGAGCAGAUGGUGAGUGAUAGGAUGAACAAGAAGAGUCACCCAACGGUGCCCUCGCUGCCGCAAUAUCUCGAACGGUUGAAGAAGUUUCAGAGUCUGAAAGAUAAGGAGAAAUACGUUGCUGCCCUUAACUCCUACUACAUGAUAUUUGGUCGCCCCAGAGAGAAACCAGGGAAGGUGAUAUGGGUGGACAGUAAGAGCUCUUUUGGUGAGCGACUCGAGGGUUGGAAGAUCCACGGAGUCUUAUGGGAAGUAACAACACGUUACAAUUGGAAGAUAAAGGCGUCACAUUAA